AUGGGUCAUCACCAACGUCAUUGUGGACAAAGGCCCACUCAAUCCCAAGGUCGUCAAGGAAACAAUCAGCCUUUGCACAGUCCAAUCAAUGGUGGUGCUUAUGCAAGACAAGAAUGUCUUAGUAAUAGCAAUAGAACAUCCAAGCAGUCGAGCAAGCCAACUGAUCGCUUCUAUCAAAGCAAGCCAACCGAUCGCUUCUAUCAAAUCAACGGGUUGAUGCACUUUCUAACAGUAGAGGGAACUGUGGAUGGAGUUCCAUCCAAGUGUCUUAUCGACACAGGAGCAUCUGUUUCUUUAGUCCCGCCCUCAUUUGGGAGUGGCAAGACAGUACAUCCUUGUUCUGAAAGUAUUAUGUUACGUGCUGUCAAUGGCACCCCAUUGAAAGUACUGGGCAAGAUUGACCUAAUUGUGGCUCUAGGUUCUUGGGAGGCCCCACACCGCUUCCUGGUUGUGGAAACCCAGACAGGACCUAUCUUGGGGUCAGACUUCCUGGCUAGUCAUGGAAUGAUCGUGAAUUUGAAAGACAGUAGAAUGAACUGGAUUGGAGGAUCAGUGGAAUUAGUUAGGUCUGUGGUAGGGGAUCAAUCUUGCAGUCUUGUCCUAGAGGAACAAGUUUCGACCACAGGAAUGGAGUGUGUGGUUGUCAUGGCCAAGGUGGUGAAUAACAAUGGCACUCACCUCACAGGAGCUGCCAUGUUAGAACCUGAUGAGGAAUUGGUGACUAACACAGGGACACUGGUGGCCAGAGUACUAGUAGAUGCCUCAAAAGAUAGGGUACCAGUACAGUUGAUGUUUCUCCAAGGCCCCAAGUGUCUCGAGAAGGGAACAGUGUUAGGAGAGUUGGAAUGCAUACAACAUUCUAAUACACCAUUAGCAUCUAGUGGAUGCCCAGUCUAUGCAGUAAGUCAUGAGCAGUCACACUCGGCUUUUCUCAGCCAGUUCAACUGGGCAAAAACCAGACUUAGCCCACAGGAGAAAGGAGUCCCAGUGAUAUGGGCCGAACAACUAUUGUGA